GAAAGUAGGUCAAACGAGAUUUGGGAUUUGGAAAAUGUCAGAUCAAAACAAACACAAUCUGCCCACAUUAGGGCCUUUAGCGUUGCCAGAUGAGCUACUAGAGCAUAUUAUUGCCUGCGAUGUACUUACCCACCUAGAUCUCUCUCGGUUAUCAUUGGUUUGCAAGAGGUUUUGUCAUGUAUCUAACAGCAAUGAAAUCUGGAAACAAAAACUGAAAAACAGAUGGCCUGGUCUGUUAAACCGCUAUAGUAAACAAUGUCGCUACUGCUGGAAAGAUGAAUACCGCCACAGGCACAGUUGCGGAAUAGCUGUCCGUAGAACUAUAGCUGAUAUGCCUGCUCUGUACUAUGACAAAGAGGAUGUGCCAAAAUCUGGGUUUGAAAAUUUUGCCCUUAUGUUGGGCCAGCAUGAGCAUGCCUCUAAGUUCAUUGUUGAUGAGCUAAUGAGCAUUGUACAUAACAAACACAGGACAUCAGUUUCCAAUCUUACAUUAGCCUACUAUGCAUUGAAGGCACUGAGAUAUGUACAGCAAAUAAGCUUACGCAUUGAGUUUGAGGACUUCUUGGCACUACCAUCGAAAAAACAACUUCUCGAAACAGGAGCUGUACUGAUAGCCCAAUGGUGCCAGCCUACGUUAGACAUAACACACAACAGUAUAGCUGACAAAUUAGACACAAUUGUGGGGCAAGUUAGGAAACACCUCUCCACUAUCAACGAGAAUCAUCCUGCUCUGAAACAACCAAUACCUGAAGAUUUUGAGGAAAGUUUGUGGCCUGGUGACGUAUCAAGACAAGUGUUAGACUCUCUCAAUCACAUACUGUAUGAUGUUCUACAUUUCCAUGGAAACGUGGAGCAUUACUACAUCCCUAGCAACUCAUAUAUCAACAAGGUGUUAGAACUGAAGACAGGCAUCCCUAUCUCCCUGUCUGUGGUCUAUGCUGCUCUAGCCAGAAGACUGGGUGUAGUCUGCUAUCCUGUUAACUAUCCUUCACACUUUUUGCUCAAGUUCAAGGAACACCCAACGUUACCCUCUGAACAACAAGACACAUAUAUCAAUGUCUUCAAUAAAGGCACGUUCCUUACCCAGAAUGAAUGUAGGAGUGUGCUUGGUCAAGGUGGACUUUUCAUCCCUGCCAAUGCCAACUCAGAACAUUUUAGAAGCAUCAAACCACGAAUGGUUUUCAUACGAAUGGUACGUAAUCUAAUCAACAUAGGUAGGCAACAGGAUAACAUGGGAGAUAGCCUCCAGUGUUUACGUAAUGCUGUGGAACUGAUGAUGGUGAUAUGUCCAGAAGAUAAUGACAACAAACUACUAUUAGCCAGAUUGUAUCUCCAUAUGAAUAUUAAUGUCACUGAGGUGAUAGAGUUGCUACAGAAGGUGACAUCCUCAGAAGGAGGUGGUCCCCCAGCUGGAUUACUCGCCUACCUCACUGACACUGCCAGACAACAACUUCACGAAGAUGAUUCUGAUUCAAACAACAAAUGGAUUGAUGUGAAGCUGAAAUCAAGAAACCCAGAGGUGGAGUUCUCUACAGGGUUGAUAAUGCAUCAUAAAAGAUACAGAUACAAGUGUGUCAUAUAUGGGUGGGACUCUCAUUGUACUGCUAGUCAUGAAUGGAUUGUACAGAUGGGUGUACCAAACCUGGAGAAGCAACAGUAUCAGCCAUUUUACAAUGUUCUUGUAGAUGAUGGAUCUAACAGAUAUGCUGCUCAAGAGAACCUGGAGCUGGCUUCAGAACCAUCAGAAAUCACCCACCCGGAAGUUGGGCGAUACUUUGAAGAAUUCAAGGGACAUUAUUAUCUUCCAAACACUCAUAAGUUACAACAAUAUCCUGAAGACUUGCAUAUCACUGAAAAACUUGUCAGAGAUAAAUAUGAGAGCUGAUAAUGUG